UGUAAACACCGUGACGCUUAGCUGCGUGGCGGAGACUGCUCUUUGGAUCGAGAGCUCGAAGUACUGUAUUUAUACGGGCCAUUAAAACGCUAUUCACGUCCCAAGCGUCAUAUGCUAUCUCAAAAACAACAGCGGUGCAGAAUAUCCUGUCUGAGGUACAAUGGCUAGAAAGACGGACAUUCCCCCUUCAUACUAUGGUGAGCCUCGUAAGUUUGACCCGACCUUCAGAGGACCCAUCCAGGACAGGGGCUGCACAGAUGUGGUUUGCUGUGUUCUGUUUGUUGUUGUCAUCCUUGGCUACAUCGCUCUUGGCACAGUGGCCUGGAUCCAUGGCGAUCCCAGGAAGGUGGUUUAUCCCACAGACAGCCAUGGACAGUUCUGUGGACAGCAGGGGACCCCCAACGAAAAAAAAGCCAUAUUGUUCUACUUCAACAUACUGCAGUGUGCCAGUCCUGCCGUGCUCAUUAACCUACAGUGCCCUACAACGCAGCUCUGUGUCUCCAAGUGCCCGGACAGGUUUGCCACCUACCUUGAUAUGCAGUACAAUUACAGGUACAAUAAGAGCUACUGGGACUACUACAAGCAGUUCUGCAAGCCAGGCUUCGACAACCCCAGAAAGUCCAUUGCACAAGUCUUGCGUGAUGAGGAUUGCCCCUCCAUGAUAGUUCCAAGCCGACCGUUCCUCCAGCGUUGCUUCCCGGACUUCAUCACCAGGAAUGGGACGCUAACUGUUGCCAACAAAACCAACUUCAAAGACGGGCUUGGUAACCUGAGGAGUGUGAUCGAUCUGCGACACGCCGCCAAUGGCAUUACCAGUCUGCUAGAUGCCAAAGAGGUUGGCAUGAAGAUCUUUGAGGAUUAUGCCAACUCCUGGUACUGGAUCUUAAUAGGUCUGGUGAUAACCAUGCUGGUCAGUCUGGUCUUCAUCUUGCUGCUGCGGUUCACAGCUGGAGUUCUCCUUUGGCUUGUCAUUUUUGGAGUCAUCGCCGUGGUGGGCUACGGGAUCUGGCACUGCUACUGGGAAUUCAGCACACUGAAAGGGAAGCGUCACCUUGAUAGUGAUGUCACCAUCUCUGACAUUGGCUUCCAGACGGACUUUCGGGUUUACCUGCAACUCAGCCAGACUUGGCUCGUCUUCAUGAUCUCCCUGUCCGUCAUGGAGGCGGUCAUCUUAAUAAUCCUGUUUUUUCUGCGGAGGAGAGUAAGGAUCGCCAUCGCUCUGCUGAAGGAGGGGAGCAGGGCCAUUGGCUACAUUAUGUCCACUCUUUUCUACCCGAUCCUGACCUUUGUGCUGCUGGCCAUCUGCAUAGCGUACUGGGCUGUCACCGCUGUCUUUUUGGCCUCGUCUGGUGACCCCGUCUAUAAGGUCAUGUCAACGCAGGACAAAUGCAUGUAUUCCAACAUCACCUGUAAUCCGGAGGCGUUCAGUCAGACCAACGUCACAAAGGUCUGCCCGGGCUCCCAGUGCACCUUUGCUUUCUACGGUGGCGAGAGCCUCUACCACCGCUACAUCCUCGUGCUGCAGCUGUGCAACCUGCUGGUGUUCCUCUGGCUGGUGAACUUCACCAUCGCCCUGGGACAGUGCACCCUGGCUGGGGCAUUCGCCUCCUACUACUGGGCCCUACAGAAGCCCCAGGAUAUACCCCCAUGUCCUGUGUUGUCCUCUUUCAGCAGGGCUGUCCGGUUCCACACAGGUUCUCUGGCAUUUGGUUCUCUGAUCCUGGCUAUAGUACAGACGUUCCGGGUUGUUCUGGAGUAUCUGGACCACAGGCUCAAAGGUGCUCACAACACUUUUGCCCGUUUUCUCAUCUGCUGUCUGAAAUGCUGCUUCUGGUGUCUGGAACAUUUCAUUAAGUUCAUGAACAGGAACGCCUACAUCAUGAUUGCGAUCUAUGGGAAGAACUUCUGCACAUCAGCCAAAGAUGCUUUCUACCUCCUGAUGAGGAAUGUAGUGAGGGUGGCUGUGCUGGAUAAGGUGACAGACUUUUUGCUCUUCUUGGGAAAAGUGCUUAUUUCAGGGAGUGUUGGUGUUCUAGCCUUUUUCGUUUUCACUCGUAAGAUACCUGUUAUUCAAGAGGAGGUGCCGUCUCUAAAUUAUUACUGGCUUCCACUUCUGACGGUGAUAUUCGGAUCCUACCUGAUUGCCCACGGCUUCUUCAAUGUCUAUGCAAUGUGUGUGGACACCUUGUUCCUCUGUUUCUGUGAAGACUUGGAGAGGAACGACGGCUCACCCCUGAAGCCCUUUUAUAUGUCCCCUCAGCUGCACAAGAUUCUGCGCAGAGAGAAGAGCUCCAAGCUCUACACUACCUCCUGAUAGGCUACAACACUCAACGUCUGCCUUGUGAUUGGCCAGUACACCGAGCAUCUGUCUCCUCAUAGCCCACAGCAUUGAACAUCUGCCUUGUGAUAGGCCAGAAUACUAACGGCCUGGACCUAUCCAUUUACAGCCUGUUGGUUGUCCGGAGCACAGCGGAAUGAGGCUCUAACUGGGCAGGAGGACCUUGGCAGGACAUGGCUGGACCUAACGUGGGCGGGUUUAGAAAGGGGCGGGGCUCUAUUCAACUUCCUGAAAGUUCUGAUUCUUGCCUUUUCUUCCUUUGUCCUCCUUGUGUUCCUCCCUCUGCUGUGCUGACAUUGGUGACCCCUGCUUCAGAGCUCUGCAGCACCUGUGUGAGUGUGUGUGUGUGUGUGUCAGAAUUGCAGUUACCCCCAACACACUGCAAGGGGCAAAAAAAGGAUGUAUUUCAGAUGCAACUGUCUUCUUUUGUGAUUGGUGGAACACUCUGGAGUUGUGGGGUGAAACAGUACAAGGGCACCCCCUGGUGAUACUACGGUGUUUGUGCAAUGGUUUCAUGUACUGUAAUGUAAGGUCAUGUCUAGGACGAAUCUGUUCUUAGACAGUGAUCCUGGGUCAGUUUAGCUUUUUCUUCUCUAAUGAUUAUGGUUAGGACUGGUGCUAGAUCUGUGCUUAGUGUAAAACGUCACCCUGGAGAUAUUUUCAAAAAAUGUCUGUGGGGAAAUGAAACUGAGGUGGCUUUUCUCUCUUGCUGGAAUGUUUUUGUUGGUUGUUUAUGCUUAAAAUUGGUUGAAGAGGCACUUUUGGUCCAUUUAUUGACACAGUUCUGGGCACAGGAACACAACUCCAGACUUUACGUGACACUAAAGACACAAAACACACUAACAUUCGAUGUACAUUAAGAGUGUGUCAAAUGACACUUGUAGGACGUUAACAACCAACACUUUGGUUUUACCCUCAUUCAUAUAAUGUAGGUGAUAGUUAUAAUGUAAGCUAAGGGAGGUCAUCCCUUCUGAAUACACUGGAUGCUAAAAUGUGGAGAUUUUAAUAAGAGCCUGACAUUUCAGGAAGUCCGAAAGCAGUUGCUAGUAAAUGUGCCUAGUUCUACAUGGAGAAAUGUCCCUCUUAUUCUUUAGCGAUUUUAUAAUCUACUGCUGAGAACUUUUUAAAAUUCUCUUUAUAAAAGGAUGGUAAAGCCAUUUUUGGUAAUUUUAUAUGGAUUAGUAUGGAUGUAUUGUAGUGAUGUUUUUAAUACUAGGUUCUGUAACACAUCAGUUCCCAGGUGACUUAAUGUUUUUGUACAGAACACUUUUGUAUCAACAGCCUCAUGAUAAUGUGAAAUCACUUUUAUAAAUAAAUCUGAAUGGUGUGAUGAUAUCACAACUGUUAGGUGAGUACAUUGUAUUUGUAUGCAUUCUAAUAUUAUCCCUCGUCUUUGGGUAUUACAAAGAGGAUUUGGAAAAGGCUGGCUGUCUAAAGGUAGAUCAGUUGAAAUCUGAGGUUGUGAUCAAUGGGUUUUUAUAAAACUGAAGUAUAUUACAAUGUUUAGUAUUUUAAGUGGAUCUAAAGGAGUUUACAAUCAGUGAGUUUGGAGUACAUUUCUUUUAUAGAAUGUUUAACUGUAGGUUGAGGUGUGUAUGACUAUUUAGAAUGUUUAACUGUAGGUUGAGGUGUGUAUGACUAUUUAGAAUGUUUUACUGUAGGUUGAGGUGUGUAUGACUAUUUAGAAUGUUUUACUGUAGGUUGAGGUGUGUAUGACUAUUUAGAAUGUUUAACUAUAGGUUGAGGUGUGUAUGACUAUUUAGAAUGUUUAACUGUAGGUUGAGGUGUGUAUGACUAUUUUGAAUGUUUAACUGUAGGUUGAGGUGUGUAUGACUAUUUAGAAUGUUUAACUGUAGGUUGAGGUGUGUAUGACUAUUUAGAAUGUUUAACUGUAGGUUGAGGUGUGUAUGACUAUUUAGAAUGUUUAACUGUAGGUUGAGGUGUGUAUGACUAUUUAGAAUGUUUAACUGUAGGUUGAGGUGUGUAUGACUAUUUAGAAUGUUUAACUGUAGGUUGAGGUGUGUAUGACUAUUUUGAAUGUUUAACUGUAGGUUGAGGUGUGUAUGACUAUUUAGAAUGUUUAACUGUAGGUUGAGGUGUGUAUGACUAUUUAGAAUGUUUAACUGUAGGUUGAGGUGUGUAUGACUAUUUAGAAUGUUUAACUGUAGGUUGAGGUGUGUAUGACAAUUUAGAAUGUUUAACUGUAGGUUGAGGUGUGUAUGACUAUUUAGAAUGUUUAACUGUAGGUUGAGGUGUGUGUGACUAUUUUGAAUGUUUAACUGUAGGUUGAGGUGUGUAUGACUAUUUAGAAUGUUUAACUGUAGGUUGAGGUGUGUAUGACUAUUUAGAAUGUUUAACUGUAGGUUGAGGUGUGUAUGACUAUUUAGAAUGUUUAACUGUAGGUUGAGGUGUGUAUGACUAUUUAGAAUGUUUAACUGUAGGUUGAGGUGUGUAUGACUAUUUAGAAUGUUUAACUGUAGGUUGAGGUGUG